AUUAUCUAAGAAACUGUAUCUGCACUAACUACCCCAUGGACCCCAAAAGCACCCUCUCCAGCUCUCUCAUGGCCCUAGAGAGGCCAUGAAAAUAGACUUUGUCUUUAAAAAAAUGAUAGUUAGUCCUUUGAAACGUACAGUACAGCCUUUUCUGCUAUGGUCCAUAAUAUGGGGCACCUCAGAAGAUGCAAACCAACCAUACUUGUCCCUGACAAAAUCUGCAUAUCUUAGUCUUUUGAAGUGUUUCUGUUAUGUCUGGUCCUCUUCAGGCUCCCCAGCUCCACCAUGUCCAUGUUUUAUUUAAUAUUUUUCAUCCGGGUCCUUUUUCCAGUAAGCUGUUUUCUGGUUCUUGCAUAUGCUUCAUGGUGCCCUCAUCAUUUUGGUCAACAAGCCGAUCAACAGUUCCAGCAGAAAACAGAUAGGUUUUGGGAGUUUAAUGAGCAAACCAACAGCUGGGUUGAAGUGGAACUGCCUUAUGAUCUCAUCUCUUGCCUUAAUGAUAACUGUACUAAAGUGGGUUUGAUCAAUCCAAUCUUAGUAAGAGAGGAUGAUAUUGUUCCUGAACAAAGGGAGAGUUUGCAAAAGAAAGAUGAUCAUGGAGGACAGGAGGAGAAUUCUAAGACUGCUGUUCUGCCUCAGAGAAAGAGAAUUUCAUUGACUAAAAUGUCUGAGACAUCUGUUUGGGUUACUGGUGAAAGUGGCUCUAUCUAUGAGAGGUUUUGGAAUGGAGUGCAGUGGGUGAUUGCUCCCCAUGAUUUACCAGUAUUAGCAGGCCAUGCAAUGUCUGUUUUUAUUGUCAAUCAGACAAUUCUUGCUCUAUCUGAAUCAGGAAUUCUAUAUCAGAUGCAAGUCAGCGAGAACUCACAGGCAAUUUGGGUAGAGUUCAUGCCUGGACUGAAUCAAGACACAGGUAGAGAAGGGGAGCAAAGUUCGGAGAUAUCAAUAAAGUCUGGUGCUGUAUCAUAUGAUGGAGUGAGAGUUUAUUUCUGCACAAGGAAAGGGACAUUGUUAGAGCUUAGUGAGGUUGAGCCUCCAAGAUGGGUUAAUCAUGGCCGGCCACCGGGUGCAAAUGUUGCAGCAAUAGCUGAUGCUGGUACUAUCAGAACAGAAGUAGUGUAUACCAUAAGUUCUAUAGGAGAUCUUUAUGAAUAUGACAGAAGCUCAAAACCAUCAUGGAAGAAACAUAUAUGGAGAGAAGGAACAGGACAGGAUGCUUCUCUGAUUCCAUCAAUGGGGUGUACUUUAUAUGGCCUAAGUGGAGAUUAUUCAAUAUCCCUCUUUCUUUUAACUAAGGGUGGUAGUUUGGUGGAGAGACGACUACACCAAAGGAAGUGGAAAUGGGUAGUCCAUGGAAGUCCAAAAGAUCAGCAUCUGACAUCUAUCACACCAGCUCUGCAAGAUGAGUUGAAUGAAAAAUUCUUCUCAUUGUUUCUCACCACAUCGGCUGGUUUCAUUUACGAAUAUCGGAUUCCAAAACAAUCAGGUAUUGCUCAAGAGGAGCAAAUUCCAGAUGGGUGGGUGAGUCAUUUGCAUCCCCCACAAGCAAAAGCUGCAAGAGGUAUUGCUGGACUACAAUUUCAUGUUGGCAGGAUACUGUUCCCACUGGAUGAUGGAAGACUUGCAGAACUGCAUCUACCAGGCCUAGGUGGAGAAACUUCAGGGCCAACUCAUCAACUUAAUGUCAGAAGAAAAGCAUCAAGUAAAUAUAUAUGGUAUAUAAUAGAUGCCCCAGAGACAGAAGGAUGGAAUGCUGAGUAUUGCACAGAACAACAUGGAUCCACAAAUUGCAUCAUAGGUGUAAAAGAUGAGUCAAAUGGCAUAGGAAUUACAAGGUCAAUGACAAGAUGGCGAAAGGGAAGCCAAGCACAAGCUUACUUACCUCCAGGUGCAUCAGGUAGUGGCCAAAUCACAUCUAUGGAAGAGUAUAGUUUCCCAGAUAAUUGGAUCAACACCAACUUCCGUCUAAGGCUGAUGCAUGGAGGUAGAUCGUUUUUCCUAAUAACAGAUGGUGGUUUGACCUUUGAAUAUCUUUAUGCUGAAAAUGUAUGGCUGUGGCUGAAGCAUGACCACCCAACUGCUAUCAAAGGUGCACUAGGAAACUACAAUGGAAGUUUAUAUGUCGUUGACACAUAUGGGAGUUUGCUUAUUAGGGAAAGGAGCAGCAGUGAGCUGACAUGGAUUAACUGCACUUCUUUUAGGAAAGGAGGGAAAGUUAUUGGAGGUCCUCCAUGGGAUGGAAUGCCAGGUAGAACCAUGAGAGUAACACCAGAAGAUUCACUCUUCUUUGUGAGCAAAACUGGAAGAUUACUACAGUUCACAGUUGCCCUGAGGAAGUUUAAAUGGAAAGAUUGCCGAAACCCUCCAAACAGUAAAAUUGCAUCUAUUGUAGACCAGGAAAUGUUCAGGGAAAAUAUAGUGUUCGUAGUUGGAAGGAAUGGUAGGCUAUAUCAGUAUAACAAAGUGAGUGAAGUGUGGCACCAGCAUUACCAGUCUCAGCAUUUGAUUCUAUCAAGAUUGCCUGGAGCUGCCAUGAGGCCAUCGUUGCUAUCACUUAUGGGCUCAAUUUUCAUGCUUUCAGAAGAUAGCAGGCUAGUUGAAUAUCACUGGAAUACAUUGGAUGGGUGGAACUGGGUGGAACAUGGAACACCAUAUACAGGUGUGACCUUGGUUGGUUCACCUGGCCCAUGCUUUGAUGGUAAUCAACUGUUGUUGAUUGGUUCAGAUGGAAAAGUAUAUCUGAGGUAUAUGGAUCAAAUGACUUGGAAAUGGAAGAGUUGUGGGUUUCCAUGUUUGGGAAAUAUUGUUGUUGACAAGCAAAGACAGGAUGAAGACAUUUGUGUUGACGAAGAUUUUGCAGCUAGCUUGGAGAUGAAUGCAGAAGACAAUAAUGAUCUUAGUGAAAACUGUGAUCCAAAGGUGGCAGCUACAAGGCCAAUUCCAUUUUCUGAAGAUUCAGUUAUCUUUGAGCUAAGAGAUGGCAGACUGGCAGAAUUGCAACGAGUAGAGGGUACACAUUGGGUAUGGUCUCGUACCAUUGGCACUCCAACAAGCUUAUGCAUUGCAAAUUAUUGGACUGCUUUGGCAACAUGAAACAAAACACAAUCUCUUAUUUAUAGAGCACAAGAAAGUAGAAGCUACACAUCUAUAGAACUGACAUAGAAAAGUCAUGGCAAAGGCUAACAAGCAGAAUACUUUUUUUUUUGUCUUGUCUUUUAACUUGACAUGAAAGGAGGUAGGGUUGGUUGGAGGAGCAAAACACUGAAGCAAAAACCCACUUGCUCAACUACUUGUACAAAGUGAAGAAAUACAAUGGUGUAAACUAUUCUUGAAAAUACAAUGAUGUAAAA